AUGCCCGUUUUCCAAGUAGACCUAGAGCGGAGGGAGUCUGUUGAGCAGUCACUAGCGCCCGCCAUGGCACCACCAGCAGAUCAAUUCCACAAUAGCAGCGCUUUAAGGAGGAAGCAAUCGGAGGAGAGUAUCAGUACCGAGUUAUGCGAGGGUCCGAUCCCAGAUAGUCCAACACCUCAAACACCAGAGCGAAAUUCACCGACCGAGUGUUCCGAUAGAUCGGAACUGAUCGAGCGAUUAAAGAGAGGCGAGAGCCCAACUUGGAAGCCAAGUCGACAUGUUGGUAGUCAUAUUUCACCUAAUACCUUCCAAUCUACUAACUUAGCUGGGAACCAGUUCGGAUCGAUAUGGGGUCAACAGCCAGCAUCUCCUACUCGAAGUCCAAAACACUCGGCGGCAGAUUCACCGAUUCUACUACCUUCAGCUACAAUAACCCCGGAGAGGCAAAGCGCCGGCUUGAAUGACGAGACAAGACAACGAGAGGGACUAAGUAUCGAGCGUCCUCGUUCAGCUCUUCAUAGUGGUGACUUUACACACGACGAAUCUUCUGAGGACGCUAGUGUCAUACCAGAUCACCAACAAACUCAAAAGGGGCAAGAUUUUGAAGGUAUUAGUGAGUCAUGGUUAACUACUCCGCCUCUAAAACUUGUUACUCGCUUCCCCCUCGAAAGCCAGCAGAUCUCGGCGAGGAGACCAGAUGAGACACACCCAAGUUUUUCUCCUUUAUCUUCUUCUAUUUCUUCAAGCUUCAUCUAUAAGCCACCUACUAGCCCUUUAGUCCAGUCAGAAAGUAAUGACGAUAUUGAUCUGACAUCCCCUAUGGAUGGCAUUGAUAUCAGUUCAACCCUCUCUGUAAAUUCGCGCCGGCAUACAUUCAUGUCAUCUUAUUCAAAUCCAUACGCUAUCCCCUAUAGCCCAUCACCAAGACAGCCGCCUCUACGCCAAGAGAGAACGUUUCCUUACCAAGCACAUCAACCACGGCGAUCUCUCGCUUCAACUCCUAAUUUCCCCACGGCUGCAUCUUCACCGCAGACCCCUGCUUUCUUCCGGUCAAGACGCCCGUCAUUUAGCUCAGAAAUAUCACCCAUCCAACAUGCUUCUAUGGUAGGGUCUUAUGAAGAAAGUAUCUUACGCGGACGAAUGUCUACAACCCCUUCAAAGCCUCUCGAUUUCUUAGCCCAGAUUGGCGUGCUCGGGUUGGGUAAGUGCAAGCCAAGCUUACGAUGUCCGUCCCAUGUGACAUUGCCUUUCCCUGCCGUGUUCUAUAGCUAUGCCAACUCUUCUCACGGGCGCUCUAAAGUUGAAGAUGGGCCGAGUCCGUAUGUUGGCCAGAUUGACUUGGAGAAUGGUCUUCCGAAUCAAGAAGAGGAGGCGAGGUCAAAGCGAAAGCUGCAAAGCCGGGUUUUAGACCGAAAGAUGGAAGACGAUAAGACGGAAGUGAGCAACCGUCCCGCAGAGCCGUCGGAGCGUGACCCGCGCAGAGCUCAGCGAUCCAAACGUAGGUCCAGUUCUCCCAGGGCGCCACCGGGUGGUAGCUAUCGUAUUCCCGAGAAGGGGCAAGUUCAGAUUGUGAUCAAAAACCCAAAUAAAACCGCUGUCAAACUAUUUCUUGUUCCGUACGACCUAGCGGGGAUGGAGCCUGGUACAAAGACUUUUAUUCGGCAGCGAAGCUAUUCGGCUGGUCCGAUCAUUGACAAUAUGCCUAAAACGAAAGAUAGCGAGACCACAGACAGGCCAAUUCUUAGGUAUCUCGUUCAUCUGCAUAUAUGUUGUCCUUCGAAAGGUCGGUAUUAUUUGUACAAAAGUAUUAGAGUUGUAUUCGCAAACCGCGUGCCUGAUGGGAAAGAGAAACUUCGAAAUGAGAUUUCUGUACCGGAGCCCAAAUUCACUAGCUACAAACCGAUCAGAGUUAUGCACCCUCCUAUCUCAGGAGGUUCUGGUCCCGGUGCCAGCCUGGCUGCUGAUAAGGCGUUUAGACGACGUAGCUCUGGAUUCCACUUCGGCGUUCCCGGCCAAGUGUAUGAUGCGGCUGGCGGGUUCCCCCAGAGUCACACGCCGCAUCAAACCUUUGUAUCAGAUUUUGCAGGUCAUAACGCGCCAGUUGAACCGGUACCUCUUAGGCAUAGUGGAAUAAGGAGCAUAGUGGAUGAAGCCAGCAACGCAGGUCCUGCUGACCCCUUGUCACCAGAUUCAUCCCAGACCAGCCGGCCAACUACGCAGUACUCGAGCGAUGUAUCGAGUUGGGGUGGGCCAGACGCCCAAAUUGACAAAUACAACAAACUUAAUAAGGGUGAUGUAGGCUAUGGGGGUAAUGCAUUUGCCCACCUGAUUAACGGCAACACUGGUGUUGCCGAGGGCCUACUAUCUCAGCGAUUGCGAUCUCUAGGCGUUGAUGGCCAGAUAGACCAGGAGUCUGGGACAAUAGAGGAAUAG